GCCACAGAGUUCAACAGCAGCCUGAACCGGGACCGCAUGGAGGAGAGGAGGGCAUACUUCGACUUACAGACACACGUCAUCCAGGUGCCUCAAGGGAAGUACAAGGUGUUACCAACAGAGCAGAUCAAGGUCAGCUCCUACCCGGUGGCCCUCAUCCCCGGACAGUUCCAGGAAUAUUACAAAAGGUACUCGCCGGAUGAGCUGCGCUACUUGCCAUUGAACACGGCUCUUUACGAGCCACCGCUGGAUCCAGAGCUGCCCGCGCUCGACAGCGAGGGCGACUCGGACGAUGCUGAGGACGGGCGCGGGGACAAGAAGAGGAGGAACAAGGGCACUUCUCCAAAGGUCAUUCCCAAUGCUCUAUGUGGAAUUUGUCUGAAGGGUAAGGAGUCCAACAAGAAAGGGAAGGCUGAACCUCUUAUACACUGCUCCCAGUGUGAGAACAGCGGCCAUCCUUCUUGCCUGGAUAUGACCAUGGAGCUUGUUUCUAUGAUUAAGACCUACCCAUGGCAGUGCAUGGAAUGUAAAACUUGCAUUGUGUGUGGACAGCCCUACCAUGAAGAGGAAAUGAUGUUCUGUGGUGUGUGUGACAGAGGCUACCACACGUUCUGUGUGGGCCUCAGUGCUAUCCCAUCAGGUCGCUGGAUUUGUGACUGUUGUCAGCGAGCUCCCCCAACACCCAGGAAAGUGGGCAGAAGGGGGAAAAACAGCAAAGAGGGAUAAAAUAGUUUCUCAACCCCAAUACUGUAAUAUGCAUUUAAGUGAAUUAUUUGGUGCCAACUUAUUUCCAAUUCUCACUUUUAUGCCGAUAAAAGAUUUUUGAA